AUGAUUUGGCUGCACAUGCAAGAGCCAUUAUUGGAGAGGGCCCUUUGCCUGUUGUGCUCUCUCACCAAGAGCAAAUUGCAAGAAGAGCUGCAGGCAGACAACAACCAGCAAGAAAUUGCCUUGCAAGACGAGAAGCAGAUGCUUGCAUGGCAAGGUCUGCAGCCCUAUGCAAUAAUGCCCAUACUGCAGUACAUCAUGAACUUCAGCAAGCCACACAAGUGGCAACAGCAGGUCUUGCUCACCUUUACCUUGACCAAGAUGCAGUAUUUGGCCCAGCAUACCAAGCACCGAUACUUGAAGAGGCUGAAGAUGCUGCCAGAGCUGAAGAAUUGGAAGAAGAAGCAGAAGAAGCUCUGGGAGCUGUUCACGCACCAUGCCCUUGGGAUCAAGAUAAGGUCCAGCAAUAUGCUAUGA